AUGAAGACAUCUGCAACAAUGAAAUCUUCCAAUGUUUCAACUAGUUUUUUGAAUCGUGAAGCUUCUGAUGAUAUUCAAAAGGAAUCAGUGAUAUUCCGUCCAACUCGUCACGUCGACAAUCAGUGCUACUGUUAUUCGAACCGAUCGGAUUGUACGACAUGUUCAACAUUGUGCACAGAUGAUAGUGAUGUAUUCGUUCUAACUUCGUCCGAAUCUAGAUCUGCAGCCGGUUCUUCAUCGGAAGAUGGCUCAUCGUUGGAGAUUAAUGAUUUACGCGAGAAAGUCAGCGAUUCUGAAUUGAAUGCUUCCCAGGUUUCAAGCGAGAGUUCAGAAGUUUCCGAUCUGGAACCUCGAGACUUUGACAAGCUUCUUCAAAUAUUGGACAAAAAAGCAAACGAAUUCGAAGAAGUCUUCCGCGAUGAUUCUGAAUCUUUCGGAAAGUUGAUGACAAUGCAUGGUUUCCAGAGAGCUGUGAUUGACGACGAACUCAAAAAGAUUGUAUCCAAUUUCACCGAUGAAACACUCGAACUCAUAGAUAAAAGUGAGAACUUCGAAGGCGAGUUUCCCGAGCUCGAUUUCACAGAAAUGUUGAAAGAAAACUGCGUCAAGAAGCAUGCGAAGCUCAGAGAGCUGUACUUGACAAGAUUGAUGGACGAGGAUUUGAUGAAAUCCAAUGUUAUCAUGAUUCAAGAAACAAAGGAACGGCUGGAGCGGUUCAACCAAUUGCUUGUGUCCAAAUGUUCCGAAUCCUCGGAAUUUUCAGAAUUGGACAUGGACAAGAUAUUGGAUGAUGUCUCAACAGCUUGCUCAUUCUGUAAGUAG